GCCCAUACUCUUGAUCAUGACAUUUUGGAAUCACGACGAAAUUAGGGUUUAACAUCCCAAAACCCCCCCAAAACUUUGCUGCUCGAUCUAUGAUUUAACUGAUCGAUGAAAGAGUUCCUUACGAUCGGUCUUUCACCUUCCGAAAUAGAUAUCACGGUUCUUGGUUCUGUCUUUGAUUCUCAUCUACUCCUCUCGGGUAAAUCCAAUUUUGCAUUUCGGUCUCAAUCAUUACUAUUCUGCUGUCAUGUUCUCUCUGAUACCCCAUGGAAGAAGGUCUAUCGAGUUACCGCUACGUCUAAAUCUCGUGAAUCUUUUGCGAAAUUCAUCAGCUUUCUCCUCUGAUGUGAGCUCUCUUCAAGAUGGUCGAAAAGGAAAGACCUUUACCGUCUCCUACCUCGUCCAUUCUCUGGGCUUAACUAGAAAACUCUCGGAAACCAUCUCCACGAAGGUCAACCUCGAGGACAAGUGCAACCCAGAUUCUGUUUUGAGUCUACUUAGAAGUCACGGGUUCACAGAUUCUCACCUCUCAAGCAUCGUUACAAACUAUCCACGGCUGCUUACAGCAGAUGCUGAGGGAUCUCUUAGUCCCAAGCUCAAGUUUUUGAAGUCGAGAGGAGCUUCAAGCUCUGAGCUCAGCGAGACUCUUUCAAAAGUUCCUAGAAUCUUGGGAGUGAAGAAGGAGAAAUCUAUCAGCAUAUAUUACGAUUUCGUCAGAGAUGUUAUCGAGGCUGAUAAGAGUUUAGAGUAUGUAAAGUUGCGUCCUUCUUCUUUGCCGCAGGGGAGUCAGCAAGAGAAUAAGCUCAGAAAUGUAUCGGCUUUGAGAGAUCUCGGUGUGCCUCAGCGGUUGUUGCUCCCUUUGCUUAUCUCUGAUCAUCAGCUUCUCUGUGGGAAUGAGAAGUUUAAAGAGUCUCUCAAGAAGGUUGUUGAGAUGGGUUUUGAUCCCACGACCUCAAAGUUUGUCAAAGCCUUACGCAUUGUUCAAAGAUAUAGCAGCAAAGCAGUAGAAGAUAAAGUCAGUUUCUUUGUAGAGUUAGGCUUUGAUGUGGAAGAUGUAUGGGCAAUGUUCAAGAAGUAUCCUCCGUUUCUGAAUAAUUCAGAGAAGAAGGUAACGCAGACGAUUGAAACCCUUAAGAUGUGUGGACUACAGGAAGAUGAGAUCCUCUCACUGUUUGAGAAGUUUCCACAGUGUAUUAGCUAUUCAGAGGAGAAGAUGGAGAAGGCCAUUGAUACACUUCUAUGCCUUGGAUUCAGCAAGGGUGACUUGACAGUGAUUUUGAAGCGCUUUCCUCAGUUCAUUGGAUUAUCCGCAGAGUCGUUGAAGGAGAAGACUGAGUUUCUGGUGAAGGAGAUGAAUUGGCCUUUAAAGGCUGUGGUUUCAACCCCUGCAGUACUUGGAUACAGCCUGGAGAAGAGGACUGUACCGAGAUGUAACGUGAUCAAAGCUCUCAUGACGAAAGGAUUGCUUGGAAGUGAACUCCCUACAAUCUCGCCUGUUUUGGCCAUCGCCGAUGAAGCUUUCUUAAACAAGUAUGUGAGGAAGCACAAUGACAAGAAGCUUGUGGCUGAGUUGAUGGCUACCUUCACUGGAAAGAAGAAGAAAAACAAAAAAAAUUUGGACCUUGUUAAAUCAAGUUGAUUGUUGCAUUUGCAGGGUACAAUAAGAAGGCACUUUAAGAGAUGAGAUGUACCCAGCGACAACAAUAUUUACUUAUCAUAUGAAGACAUCUAAUGGCUUUACACGGAGCAGUAUGGUAAUCUUACGCAGUCAUUCAGACAAUUUUUAUAAUUUAAAUUAGUUGUCUGUAGUGAUCGCUUUUUAUUUCUGUUUGAAUGUCAAAAUUUGGUCAGUUAUAUUGGUGAUUGAUUUUAUCAUGUUUUAUUA